AUUCCACUUCAGAAUUGGAAAAAAUAAAAUAGUAAAAUCUAAUGAGAAAUCUCUGACACUUAAUGGGAAUGAUACGAGGUUCCUUUCCAUAUUUCUCUCUCUCUGAUCUCUCGUUCGACCAUUGACGAUGGCGUCAGCUCCAAAGCAGCCUCUGCAACAUCCUUGUGCUUCUAAACCCCCAAGGUAUCCAUCUUCCGCCGCCGCCAUUGCUGCUGCUGCAGACUCCCAAAUUCCGAACCCUAACCCUAACCCUAGCACAAACGUCUCACCGUCGAUGGCUAAUUCACCGAUUUCGAUGCCGCGGGAGGAUCAGAUCCUCGCGCGCUCCUCUCACCUCACCCGCACGGAGCUUCUCCGGCGCCGAUCACACCACCUGAAGCAGCUAUCCAAGGUCUAUAGAGACCAUUAUUGGGCUCUAAUGGAGGAUCUGAAGGCGCAGUACAGGGAGUACUACUGGAGGUUCGGUGUUAGUCCUUUCAAAGACGAACAGAACAACAAGAGACCCAGGAUGGAGCUCGAGGGAGAGAAUGGUGACGGUGAUGCCGUCGAAGGCAGUGGAGAUAACGUCAAUAACAAUGGUGGGAGUAAUGGCGUUACGAGUGAUCUCUAUACAAAGGGCAAUUCUCGGUGCUCGUACGGGGGUUGUAAGUUUAAGGCCAUGGCACUCACGAACUACUGUCACCUGCAUAUUAUCAAUGACAAGAAGCAGAAGCUCUACAAGGCUUGUGAGUACGUCAUCAAAAGAGCUCAAUCAGGACCAAUAACUUGUAGCAGGCCAACACUUGCGUCAACUGUUCCUUCACUGUGUAACAUGCACUUCCUAAAAGCCCAAAAACAUGUUGCUCGCGCUUUGAAGGAUGCUGGUCUGAAUGUUUCUUCAUCAAGCAAGGUUCCGCCGAAGUUCCAUGUCAUAGUUGCCGCUUUUGUACAUCACAUUCAAGAAAAAAGGAAAUCUGCGAUGAAGGAGAGUAAGCUUGAAAGUGUGGUGAAAGAGGAACAUGCAAGCUGAAUCCAGCCAUGAGUCUGUGCAGAAUUAGUUCAUGACUAUUGACUUCAUUCGUGGUGCAAAGUUGUGCAGAAAUGCUAGGUGAGGAAAUUUAUUAGUUGACCAUUUCAUUUCGACUGGUUUAUCAUCUGACAAUGUCUGUUAUCUGAGAAAAGUUUAUUUUUUUUUUACUAGAGGUAGAUAUUGGAUAGAAUAGUCUUAGUGGUAAAAGUUUCUCCUUAGAUUCUGGAUGUAUGGAUCAAUGAAUUGUCGUCACUUUGGGGUAAAUAACAAGAUAAACUCAUCUUCUAAAUUGUCCAUUCCCUCUAUUCCUGCCCUGUUCAACUUUUUUUCUUCCCUGAAGUGAACUCAGCUUCUUGGAGUAUUUUUCUUUUCCCAUUGCUUACUACUUUUUUCCAAACAGCCUUCAUCAUUUUUUUGGACAGGACGGAAUUGCAAUCUUUUGUACUGGACUUGAGCUUGUUCAUUGUUGUAUGGGGAUUAGCUGAAGUGAACAUGGAUCCAGUCAGUGUCUUAUUUGAGCAUGGAAGUAACCACACUGCCACUUAGUUGUGGCUAAGCCAUACGCCCAACAUAAGCCUUGGGAUCUGUUGUUAGAACUUAGCUUAGAUCUUUAGUGCAAGGAGAAAUCUGCUGUCCAUAUAGAUUCGUAUGGGCACAGCCCUGAUUUCUUGUCCUUUCCAUUCUCUCUGUGUUCUUCGAAUGAUGAGCAGAAACCCUAAUCCAGAAGUCACAUGAAGACUCUUCUCUUCUGAUUCCUCUGCAGCUGCGUUCGUUUCAGGUUCUUGCGAGCAGAUCCAUCAAGAGACUGGAUUUAUUUCAGUAGAUAUAGGUUAUGAGUAGAAGACUGAAGAGUUAUGAUUCAGCUGUUGAGGUAAUGAUUCAUAGAACCAACAUGUUCUCUAUGAGCCAUCAAUGGAAAGCCCGCCUUUUCUCCA